ACCUGAAAGAAAAUAGUCUGGUUAUCGUGAUCGUUUACGAUAGUAUAUUAUUAUUGUAAAUGAUUUUUUAAUCAAGUAAUAAUUCUAUGGUCGCUUGCCGAUAGAUUUAACUUACUGUAUAGAUUCUUAUGAUGGACGAAAUUUUUCCAACGAUGUGUCCACUCUCGAGUUAUUAUAAUCUGAGCAGCUCAAUGUUAUUGGGAAGUCAAGCGUUACCUAAUACAACAUACUUAUCUCAUUUGACUUGGGCAUUUCCAUUACCAAGAUUUAAACCAACCCCGCGCUACGAGAAGCCGCCUUAUUCUUACAUUGCACUGAUAGCGAUGGCGAUAAAUUCGUCGCCUAAGCAGAGACUAACGCUUUCUGGGAUUUAUCGAUUUAUAAUGGAAAGAUUUCCGUAUUACCGUGAAAAUCGUCAAGGCUGGCAAAACAGUAUACGGCACAAUCUUAGUCUGAAUGACUGUUUCGUUAAAAUUCCUCGGGACAAGGCGACACCCGGCGAUGGUGAACAUUCUGGCGGAAAGGGCAGUUACUGGACCCUGGAUCCAUCAGCCAGCGAGAUGUUCGAACAUGGGAACUAUCGUAGGAGAAGAACGCGGAAACAACGUAACUACUCGCAAACAAAACAGCCACAACAAUGCAGUCUGCCGAUUCCGUCGGAGUACUUGAUGGCGAAUGCAGCGUCCCGCAAUCGGAGCCACAAUGAAUGUUCCACGAGGAUCUUGGACACCAAGUGCAACGAUACGUCCAGCGAAACAAGCCUUGUCGAUCGACCAAAACACUGUGGGAAAUCGAGUAUGUUUACAAUAGAUAACAUACUCAAGAAAUCGCCGAGUAUUGACAACAGCUAGUUCAUGACAGCUUUUGUUGUAUCCAAGUGUCACGAAUCAGGUUAUGGUAGGGAAUCGUAUACAAACCGAUAAGAUUGUUGUUGCUCCUCUUUUUCUGUUCUUCGUAGUGCCACAAAUACGAGUGUCUUAUUCUUCUGUUAGCUGCAGAUUUGAAACUUGUAUUUUUUUCCCUUCAUUGUCCUAACGUGCAAAACAAGUUGCGAAGUGAAAUUUCUGCUCGUAACGGCAGAUAAAACAGCAAUACGAGCGUGGCCUGUUUACUGUUUAGGGACUUUAACGACUCUAACACCAGCUUCGAUCACACAUGCCAGUGUUUGUUUCUUCAAAGGCGCAGUUCGAAUGUUAAAUUUCCAAACGGGAGUAGUUGAGCAUCAACACGAUUUUCUUAGAAAUUCAAUAAAUCAUGCGUCGCGUCUUGACUUGUCGAGUAACAUGCAAACCGUCAGUUUGGCGCGGAAGGCGCGAAUUUAUGUUUUGGUUUGAUGAGAAAGCAGGGUUUCGUAUGAAAUGAAAAUUAUUUUAUUCUAAAUUCUGUAUUUUAACAAGUAUUUUUUACGUAUAACAAUCGAUAUGCUGCGUAAUACACAGAAACAAUACUGUGGGACUAGUAUUAUAAUGUAUGUACAAAUAUAUGAACGAUAAUCGCUCAUGGAUAGUUA